CCGACGCGCCGCGACGAGCGCCGACGAGGGACGAGGGACGAGCGGACGACGACGAUGCGCGCGACGACGAGCGCGAGAGCGCGAAUCGCGAACGCGAACGCGCUGAAAGCGACGACGAAAAGGAUCGCGCGGGGCGCGCGCGGGACGCGAGGGGCGGUGCGCGUCGAGGCGAAGCGAACGGCGGACGGACCGAAGGUGGUCAUCGCGGGAAUCACGGGCGCGGUCGGACAGGAGUUCCUGCGCGUGCUCAAGGAGAGGGACUUUCCGUAUAGCGAGAUGAAGAUGCUGGCGAGCGCGCGAAGCGCGGGGUCGAAGGUGGAUUUCGACGGCGAGACGUACGUCGUGGAGGAACUGACGGAGAGCUCGUUCGAUGGGCAAGAUAUCGCGUUGUUCUCCGCGGGGGGGUCGAUCUCGAAAAAGUUUGGACCGGUGGCGGUGGAGAAGGGGUGCUUCGUGGUGGAUAACUCGAGCGCGUUUCGCAUGACGGAUGGGGUGCCGUUGGUGAUUCCGGAGGUGAAUCCGGAAGCCAUGGCGCACUUGAAGCUCGGUGGUAAGGCUGGGAUCAUCGCGAACCCGAACUGCUCCACCAUCAUCGCGCUCAUGGCGGUGACGCCGAUUCACCGCGCCGUGGGCGUCGAACGUAUCGUCGUGUCGACGUACCAAGCGGCGAGCGGCGCCGGCGCGCUCGCGAUGAAGGAGUUGGAGCAACAAACGAGAGAAGUGGUGAACGACGGUGAGUGCAAGACGAUGGAAAUCUUCCAGUGGCAGUAUGCGUUCAACUUGUUCUCUCACAACGCCCCGAUGACGGAGAAUGGUUACAACGAGGAAGAGAUGAAGAUGGUCAAGGAGACGAGAAAGAUUUGGGACUUCAAAGACGUCAACAUCACCGCCACGUGCAUUCGGGUGCCGGUGAUGCGUGCGCACGCGGAAUCCAUCAACUUGACGUUGAAGAACCCGCUCGAUGAAGUCAAGGCGAAAGAAAUCUUGUCCUCCGCCGCGGGCGUUUCCAUCAUCGACGAUCGCGCCGCCAACCGUUUCCCCACCCCGCUCGACGCCACGGAUAACGACGACGUCUACGUCGGUCGCAUCCGUCAAGACAUCUCCCAGCCCAACAACAAGGGCUUGGAUUUGUUCGUGUGUGGUGACCAAAUCAAGAAGGGCGCCGCCUUAAACGCCGUGCAAUGCGCCGAACUCCUCCUCAAGUAAGCUUUUCAAUAUAAUAUUCGCGCGCGCGCGCGCGUCGAUCGUCUCCCCUCGUC